AUGGUGGCAAACCAAGUAGGCGACCAAAAGACGGACGCGACGAGGUGGAGGCUUCGAGAUGUUGGCGGAGAGCAGACAUGGCAUUACCUGAGCGAAGAACAGGCAAAAGAGUGGCCUCAAACGACAGCAGACAAGUACUUCCUUGGUCUGCCUACUGUGCGCACUCUUGUCAAGUAUAUCUACCUUCCGACCGAGCACUGA